ACGUGUUCACUUUCAGUACCUUAUUAAUUUUAUCAAUUUAAUAGUUUUAAAUAAUGAAUUUUAUAAUUGUUAUUCUGUGAAUCAGAAGUCAAACUAUAAAAAAUGAAUCAAGGUACAACGAAGAGAAGAAAAAAUGAUGCGAAAAAGGAGAAACUAGCGGACAAGAGGAAUAUUGACGACACCGUUAAGCAAGAUGAAAUAAAACCGAAAUAUGGCCGGCUAGUCACUUUUCCGUAUCAACGAGUAUGGUCUCGAUGCAUCAUAAUCCUAGGAAUAAUGCUUGUUGUAUGGUAUAACAGUAGAAAUGGAAAAGUAGUUACCUUGGCUCAACAGAAGGAUAUAUUGAUUAGUAGAACAUUGAAUGUAGAGUGUUCACCUGAGUACAAAGCAGAAUUAGCUCAAUUUCCUGGCUGUGUUCCUGAAAAAUGUGGACGUGUGGUAACUGAUAAACUAGUCUCAGGAUCAGAAGUUGACACAUUGCUGCAAUUAGCGAAGAGAGGAUUUAAGCUUGGUGGUUCUGAUGGGGGAGCAAGUAUUUUGGAUCUUCAGAGUGGAGCUUUGAGCAAAGGCCCCCAAUUUAUAGACAUUUAUAGUCUUAAGGAAGCUAAAAAGAUUUUUAACAGCCCUGAUUUUGCUAUUUAUAAGGUUGUAAAGACAAAGAUACAUCAUGCAAUUGCUCAUCAUUUUGGAGUUGAUGUAAAUAAGAUCUAUCUAACAAAACCUACCUUCUUCUCAAAAAUUACAAAUGUUCCUGCCAAGACACUUCAUGAUGAGUACUGGCAUCCACAUGUAGAUAAAGAAACCUACGAAUCUUUCCAUUAUACAUCACUGUUAUAUCUGACCGACUACAAUCGAGAUUUUGAAGGGGGUAGAUUUAUAUUCAUUGAUAAGGAAAAUACCAAUACCACAAUAGAGCCUCGGAAGGGUAGAGUUUCCAUGUUCACUUCCGGUGCUGAAAAUUUACACGCAGUCGAGAAAGUUACCUCAGGAACGCGUUAUGCAUUGACCGUUUCCUUUACUUGCGAUAAAUAUUUCUCUAUCUCCGAUCCCAGUGUUGAGAGAACAAAACAUGUAUAAAAUGAGUUACAAAUUAAGAAAAUAUUGAUGUUGAACGUUGUUUUUGAAGUUUAUGAGUGUCACAAAAUGUUUGUUAUGUAGGUGUUAGUAUAAAUAAUUGUUAACGAAAGCAUUCCAAUUAAUAGCUGAUGUUUUUGGGAGUAAAUAAUUUAAUUAUUAUAUACAUUCAGAGUAUCGAAUUAGGGUAUCAAUAUUAUAAUAACGCGUGUAUCAUAGUAUUUUUAUGUUUGAUAACAAUGUUUACAAUUUUUUCGAACUAUUUUUACUGAUUAUUUGAAAUGUAUAUUUAUAAUUUAUUAUAGCAUUAAUAAUCAUAUUUUUAAAAGAUGAAUUUUACGACAGUCUUAAGAUUUUUUUUAUAUAUUACAUUGUUAUCAAUAAAAUAAAUUUAUAUUACAUAUUUAAGCUUCUUAAUACAUUAGUAAAAUUUGAAUGGAGCCUAGUAAAUGCAUUUUUCACAAACAUAAUUGUUACUAUCAUCUUUUAAUUCAACUAUUUCUUAUACACAAAUAUUAAUUUCAAAAUAAAAGUCUUAUUUUGUACUUAUUUAUGAGAUUUGAACAAAAAGAUAUUCGUGUUAGAAAAUACUUCAUUUUUCAUUGAUUUAAACGUUUAAAUAAAAAUUAAUUUCCGUUUAACAUUACUAUCAAGUCAAUUUCCAUUGCAUUUAUAUCAAUGCAAGUAUUUAUGGCCUAUACUGAUUUUAACGUUAGCUUUCGUGUAUUGUACUUAGACAAUUGCAGUGAGGUCAGGAAACGUCUCCUACGAUCGAUAGACUUUUUUUUUAAUUAAUUUGAAAAAUUCUAAUGAGAUAACAUUUAUAUGAAUUCAUAAACAAUGGUCAUUUAAUUUGCUUUUUAUGCAAAUAAAAAUGAUUUUUAAA